CAUUUGAACGCGGCAAAAUGCGUUUAUUUUCACAGCGUUUUGGUGCGUCAGUUUCUGACGCGACCAAACGCGUUUGAUUCUAACGUAUUUAAACGCAUUUAUCACCAAUUAACGCGUCCAAACGCGUUUCAAUUGUAAGAAAACGCGUUCAGACUCGUUUUUAGUACAAAAAAACGCGUUUAGUAGUGCGUUUGGUCUAAAAAAAUGUCUGCCUGGGGAGUUCGUAAACUCGCAUUUUAUCGUAUUUUUCCCAAUUCCGUAAUUUGUAUACGAAUUCCUGGGGACCAAAACGUUCAUUUCACGAAUUCGUCGAUAGUUCACCAAUUCGAUUUACGAAUUCGUGAGUACCCGGUUUCUUGCCUACGAAUUCGCAAAAGCAACAAAAGAAGUACCUUUUUGGUUCCCGUUUGAUCCUUUUUGUCAGUUCGCAAUAAACUACGAAUUCGUAAACAGUCGUACAAUGCGAAUUAUUGUAUCAUUUUUAUGUUCAAAAAUUGCGACUUUUUUUUGACAAAAUUUGUCUUUUAAACGUUAGUCCACACUAAUAGUUUAUUGCAGAUUGUCGUGAUAGUUCCGGUUUAAGAUUUUACUUAACUUCAAAAUUAAGAGAACAUGAUUUGGGCUAUCUAUCAUUUGGUAGUGCUUCAAGUGCUUUCGGUAUUGCCAUACCGCCAUCGACCGAUCGAUUUGAAAUAAAUACUUAUUGUCAUGCAAAUGCAACAAAAAAUUUUCCAAAAAACGGUAUUACUGUUGUUUCAUCAUUUCCACACACACAUUUACAAGGUAAAAGUGUUUCGACAAAAUUAAUUCGUAACCAAAGUGUAGCAUCAUAUUUAUUUAAUGCUGAUGCUUUUGAUUUUAAUUAUCAAUUUGAAAAUCGUCUUCCAAAACGUAUACAAUUAUAUCCAAUAUAUUUUAAUUUUCAUAUUAUAGAGUAA